AUGUUGCUCAGUGAAUCCAGUAAAAUCACUGGCUAUCAAGUCUCAGACAGCAAACAAGUCUCACAGUUCGUCUUGAUUCUCCUCUGCUUUAGCAUACAAUAUUCCAAUCAUGUCUGGAAAAACUGCACCAAAAGCUUUAGCCGAAGCUGUCGCGAAGGGAAUUAUCGGUGAAUCGGAAACACUUACAUACGAAUCGGGAAAGAAGCAACCAGUCGGCUUGUUCUACGACUUGGACGAAUUCGAGGCAAAUGUAGAUCGUGUUACGGAAGCCUUUGGACAAGGUUGUCUUCAUGCAAUUGCUGUUAAGGCCAACCCUGUCCCCGCUCUCCUGGACCUGGUCAACAAAAAGGGCCAAGGUGCAGAAUGUGCAUCUAUUGGUGAGGUCCUGAAUGCGCUUAAAGUUGGAUUUCCAGCAGAAAGGAUUGUAUAUGACUCCCCUGUCAAGACGCGACCAGAGCUCAAAUUCCUGAUGGAGCAAGGAGUUCAUCUGAAUGUUGAUAACUUCCAAGAGCUUCAGGUCAUUACAGAGCUCAUGAAGGAGUUAAAGAAUGUGAAAUCCACAAUCGGUCUAAGGAUUAACCCUGUCAUGGAUGCUGGUGAUAUCAAGGCUCUAAGUGUGUCUUGUACUGAUUCCAAGUUUGCUGUUGCUCUUACAGAGUCAACAAGAGAUGAAAUAAUUGGAUGGUUUGUUGAUAGGCCAUGGAUGAAUUGCGUCCAUGUUCACGUUGGUUCUCAGAGUUAUGGAGUUGAAGGACUCAGUGAAGGUGCAAGAAGAGCAGUUGACUUAGCUUUGGCUGUUAAUAAAAAAGUUGGUCGUAAUCAAGUAGAAAUAAUUGAUAUUGGCGGCGGCAUGGGGGUGAACAGAGAAGAUGACAGUAUCUCCCCUACAUACCAGGACUAUGUGAAUGCUCUGAAGAAAGCUGUACCUCAACUGUUUCCAGAUCAGGGUGUUUUCAAACAGCUUGUCACUGAAUUUGGACAAUCCCUGAAUGCAAAGACUGGAUUUAUUGUCAGUAGAGUGGAGUACACUAAAAAAGUCCCGGAAAGUGACCACACAAUUGCACUUAUACAUGCUGGUGCUGAUAUGUGUUUGAGAUCAUGUUAUUGUCCUCAAGUCGCAAAAUACAAGCGCCGAGUCCAAGUGUUUGAUAGCAAUGGUAAACCCAAAACUGGACAGGAGAAGCUUCAUAACAUUGCUGGCCCACUGUGUUUUGCUGGCGAUGUUGUGAGAAAGGAGGUGAUGCUACCCCAAAUUGAGAGGGGAGAUUAUGUCAUUCUACACGACUGUGGCGCUAACUCACUCGCCACCUUCUCCAGACAUUGUAGCCGGUUUGCUCCGUCUGUCUUCGGUUAUCGUGUUAAAGAUGACCAAGUCGAAUUCCAGGUGUUGAAGGAGGCAGAGACUUUUGAUGAAUUAUUUACAUUCUGGCAAGGAGGAAAACGUUUGUAAAUUUCUUCUGAGAUGAAGGAUACAAAGGCCCAACCAUCCUUACAAUAUCAAACUACACUCGCUGUGACGUAUUGCGAAUUGGAACGAUUCUCUGAGGCCGCAAUAACAUAGAUAAUUCUGUGUUUAAAAAUGUAAUUCUGUAUUGUGCACUCUUCAUACAAGGCCGUUGUAAGGGAAGGGACCAAUAAUUAUAAAUUUAUUUCAUUUAUAAAAUAUGAAAAUUACUUCUUAACUUUUUUUCUUUGACGAUUGUUCUCUCAAGAUUCAAGACAAUUGCUUCCCAUCAAUUAUGACUGUCCUUGAUUUUGUAAACUAUUUAAGCGUGAGUCUCCCCAUAGAUAAGCUUUUUGUUUUGGGACAAUUCGCUAGCAAAUAUUGUAAAAAAAAAAAAAGAAAAAAGAAAGAAAGAAAAGAAAAGACGAGAAAGACGUAGAAGGCGAAACCCGUAGAACAAAGCUAAUUUUUCAACCUGACUACUAAAAUUUUCAGCAAUUGACUCUCAGUAGUGUAUUUCACGAGAGCACGUAUUGAUAUUAUUGUUAAAUGCUUGUUUGUGUAAAUGGUGGUCUAAGGGCUUCUUUCAUUUGAAAAUAAACAAAAUGUGUUUUACA